UUGGUUAAUAAACUUAACUUUGCUUCUUAUGUGAGAGAGUCUACAAAAAAUUGUGUGGACCUUAGAUCCACCUUAGAAGCACUCCACUAACAAUUGUUUAUUAUUUAUGAUGCAUCCUUCAAUUUUUAGAUGCCCAUGUAGUUGUAUUGUUUAGUUAUUUAAUAAAAGAAUUUCAUUUAUGUUGGGGUAUGUUCUUCAAAGCCACUAAGAAGAAGAAAUUCUUGGUUGUAGGAUUUUCAAUGAUGCUUCUUGAAAUGCUGAGCAAGUGAAAAGUACAAAGUUAUGCCCAAAUUCUGCAUUUAGUACUCCUUUUAUUAUACGCUUUUUGAACAUUGCCAAGCGCACCAAAGAUAUAUGCUUUAGUCUUGACAUAAAUUACAUAAUAUCUGAUGUAUAACAAUACCAAAUACUCCGUAAUUUCUAUGACCCUAUUACAGCUAAAUUACCUUUAAUGUGCUUAUUACAUGGUUAACUAAAGCUCACCUUUUCCCCAUGAGUACCCUAUAUUUUGGCUACAUUAACCCUCAAUAUGCUUUUUUCUCCAUCAUUUUGUUUUGCAUGCUUCCUUCUUCCUUAUUUUGAUCAUGACAUAUUAGCACCCCUCUACGUGGGUGCUAUAGUAUUGGAUCUCACUUGGGAGUACAAACUGCAAGGCUUUAAAACAAAUACCAAUUUCAUUUUUUAAAAAUAAAACUGUUACAUUACCUUCAAAUGCACUAAAUCUCGAAUGAAAGUUCCAUUAUGGAAGAAGACUUAAAUAUAAAAAUUACAACAAUACAAUUUGAAGACACUUAAUAAAAAAAACCACACACUUUUUCCAAAAGUGGAACAAAUGAGAAAAGAGGAGCAUAUUUGUGUUCUUUUGGCAGUUUCCUUUUUAAUCAAGCAUGGAAUUAAAUUUUGUAGGGCGUGUAUGGAUGAUGUGAUGUAUGUAACCAUGUGAAACAGGACACGAGGUGGAAACUUUCAAAGGUGGCUGGCUUUGAAUCAUCACUUAUCAGUCCCAAGAUCAUUUAAUUGAUUUGCACCUUGUAGAUAUUGAUUUCCACACUACUCUGUAGAGUCAUCAUUUGCUCAUAAGAAUAUAGGUGGCAUGCCACCGGACAACUAAGAUUGUGUCAAAUUAAGCAAUGUUUGUCGCAAGAGAAGUGCCAUAUGCCAGGUGGAUCGAUGAAUGGUGGAAGAAGUUAGUUUACUGGCAAACUCAAACCGAGUGAGACCCAGACCCACAAGUUUCUGGGGGGUCUACACAAAACUUACAUUCUUCAAUAUGACUACGUAAAAGAAAGGUAAUUUGGUUUCUCAAUGUACCAAUUCAUUUGAUUUAUUACUAAGCUAUGUAUAUGAGAAAUAAAUGAUUGUUGGUCAUUGUGUUGAUUUUCCCCAAUUUGAUAUUGGAAUAUAUGGGAACGAAGGAGUAGGUUUCACUUGACUUUUUCCGUGCUUUGGUAGUGGCGUAUCUUCAUGCUGAUACAAUAGUUUGUAAAGAGUAUUGAAGAUUUACAGUUUUCCACUUUAAUUUGUGCUGCAUUCUUGGCUAGAAGGGAAAUCUGGGGAAUGAUCCUUUGGUGUUUGAUGACCAAAGCAGAGUGUUGGUUGAUUAAUGAAGAUUGCCAUGUUCCAAAAGAACUGCCUUCCAACGCAACGAGUGCACACACCUCAGGCCGUGUGAAGCACGAGGCAAAAGCUAACAUGAUCCAAGACGUGGAGUCAUGGAGCUCCUAUCAGAUUGUAGCCGGCUUGUGGAAGCUGUGUGGGAGAGGGGUGGUGUCCAGUUUCUUUCUUAUCGCGAGACUUUAAGGGUCCGUUUGAAUUGAAUUCUGCCAAUUUCAAUUCAUUUUUUGCACUAUCAAUUCUAAAUCCACAUAAUUUUUGUGCUACCAAACACCAUAAUUGGAAUUGAAGUCUUCAAUUCCAAUUCCAUGGUUUGAAUUCCAUGUACCAAACGGGGCCUAAUUGAUGAUUGUAAGGCUAUUUUAGUUGAGUUUCGUUCUCUCAUGGUUUCUCAUAUUCCUCGAAAAGCUAAUAUUAUCCUUCAUACACUUGCUCGUACAGUGGAGACCCCCGCCUUCCACAUGGAUUUCAUCUCCCUUCGUUUCUCAUUUAUUGAGUUAGUAAUGAUAUAUUUUUUUCUUAAGAAAAACAUAUAAGUGUC